UAAACCCACUUCUCUCACAAACCACCAUGCCAGACAGACAGACCAGAUAGUUGAGAUGUGUGCCCAGGACAACGUACUUGAACCUUAAUUCAGUUGGAUAUAAGCACGAAAAUUAGUAUAAAUGAAUGAAUGAAAGACAGUGUGGAUUUCCAUCACUCAGAAAAACUGGUACCUGAUCGUCGUCAACGUGAUGUCACGCCUCUGAACGUUUUCGAGCGAUGGGUAUACUUGUGGUUGGCAUGGGACAAAACAUUAUUGCUAGAACUUGUUGUGUUCAUCAGUGUUCAUCAAAACAUCAUACAAUGUCUGCGGAUAUAUGUUAUUCACCGUUUAGGCACACUAGUGUUUUGUCACGUUCAGGGAGUUUAUGUGUGACGUCACGUUAUAAGCUUUCGAGUCUAGAGAGAUGAACGAAAGACACUUUAUCAUCUAAACGUCACAAUGUACACCCGAGUUCCUCGAAUAGACGCUUUCCUGCGUGUACUAUUUCUCGUGGUCUGCGCUUCCUCGGUGAAUCUAAAUGAGAAGGUCUGUUUAUUCAAAGGAACAAAUGCAAUUUGCUCGCACCAUGGGGCAAGAUUGUGGUACAUACCACGAAUCCCGCCCAACAUUACAAUCUUGUAUUUUAACUUUAACGUCCUGACGCAUGUGACAAAGCACACGUUUCGCAACAUAACUGGAGCAAAUAUGAAACUGCAGACAUUACAUCUGAAUUUUGACAAAAUCCAAUACAUCUCGCUCGGUGCAUUUGGUGUUUUUAGACACCUCAGUAACCUGAGUCUCACUGGAAAUCACAUCAAGCCUGUGAUUCUUGCUCACGCUUUCACUGGUAUCAGCAUAACUCCUGUUCAGCGCCUGGAUAUGCUUGACAUGGGUAUGGACAAUAUUCCUGAAGGUUUCUUUCGAAAUUUAAACUCAUCGAAGAUUACACAUCUUCAUAUGCAUAUGAACAAGUUCUUAUUUUUCGACAUCGCUCACCUGCGUUUUAUAAGCAGUUUGGUUCACGUGGGAUUAAGUCAGAACUAUAUAAGUUAUGUUGUUAUGCACGAAAAUGACACUUUGAAGGAGCUAGAUGUUGGUUAUAAUAUUUUUCGAAAUGUAUGUAGCCAUGCAAGCACUGUACCAUCGUUAGUAUAUCUGAAUUUGAAUUUCGACUCUAUCUACUACAUAGAGGCAAAUGCAUUCGAUUGUCUCCCAAAUCUUCAACAUUUAAAAAUGAACGGCAAUUUCCUUACAACUCUUACCACGAGCUUAUUCUCUAAACUACCAAAUUUGAUCACGCUUCACUUACAACAUAUUCCUGUAUUAAAAUAUAUCGACAGAUUUGCUUUUAACAAUAGCAAUCUUAAGCACAUUUAUUUAAAUAACGGUCUUUCUGCAUCUACCGAAAUCCACAAAGACGCUUUCGGUGGGUGUAGCAGUCUUACUUACAUAGACCUAUCUGGAAACAAUUUUAAACUAGCUUCUCCGGAAUUCUUAGAAGAUCUCUUUAAGCCAGUCAGUGGAAAUUUGGAAACUCUCCGUAUGAUAGAAUGUUCUCUACCUCGUAUUCCACCUGCAAUCUCAACAAUGAAAAAGCUCAAUUUUCUUAAUUUAGGCAUAAACUCGAUCACCAACUGGGACAGUGGAAUCUUCGAAAACUUAGAAUCUCUGAAAGAGUUAUAUCUGAACCAAAACCACAUUACGAAGGUCUCGGAAGCGUCAAUACCGAAUAAAGUACGCCAAAGGAUGCAGACAAUUGACUUGUCAUCAAAUCCAUUCUAUUGCAGUUGUUCCCUUUUCUGGUUUAUACAGUGGUUUCGUAAUAACCAAAGUCUGUUUAAUCACUCACUGGGAAGUUACGAGUGCGCAGGUCCAGACAAACUAAAGAUGGUGGACCUGAAAAUGACGGAACGGACAUGUUUACUGGGAUUCACUGCACGAAUGCUCAUCCUGUUCGGGUGCAGUUUUGUAACAACGGCUGCCGUAGUAAUUGCAAUAAUAUAUAAAUACCGAUGGCAUCUCCGUUACUUGCUCUACAUGGCAUGCAUGAGCGGUGGAAAUAAUGUAACGAAUCAGGAUCGGGAAUACACUUACGACGCAUUUGUACUAUAUUGUGCCCACGAUGCUGAUUGGAUAUUUGACGUAGCAGUUCCAAUUCUUGAAAAUAGGUAUGGCUUGAAAUUGUGCCUCCACGAACGGGAUUUCGAGGCAGGACGACUCAUCAUAGACAACAUCAUGAACUGCAUAAAUCAGAGUCGAAAGCUUGUUGUUGUUCUCUCGAACAGCGUCUCGGAGAGCGAGUGGUGUCAUUUUGAAAUGGACAUUAUCCAGAGGGAACUGCUAGAAAACAGACGUCAACUGCCAGUGGUUAUCAUGAUGGAGGAACUGAACAAACGGCGGAUCACUCAUUCCAUGUCCGCCAUACUAAUGAGCACCACAUGCAUCAAGUGGGUUCACGACCCUGCUGCUUCUAGACUGUUUUGGGAAAAUCUAAUCCAUACUCUUCGACGAUAAUGAAGUGAAGCCCAAUGCACUAUAUAGUUUGAUUAAUGUUUUUUGUUUAUUUUUACUGGGAAAUUGUUUUUUCUUAACCAAUGCAUAUAUACCAAAGGUUAAAAUAAAAAUUACAUUUUAUUGACCAGAUAAGAGUUAUAGAGAGAGACAUUAGAAGAGGAUAUGUAUUCUAUUUUUACAAAUGUGAGUCAUAUUUUAUCAGUGAAGUCCCCUAUCGCGUCUCACAACUAGUGCUUUUGUGGAUUAGUAUAACACGCAUAUUUCAGGAGAAAAGAAAUAAUCAUAUUUAACUAUAAAUGUAAAUUAAAACUUGUUUUAAUGCCUUUUAUACAGGUACGAUUUUGUUACAAUUUAAUAAUUUGGCCAGAAAGGAACUAUUUUCACAAAAGAAUGUUCCUGGUUAUUGCGCAAGGGGACAUGGGGUUGUGAGGUGAAAAGCCCCUAAGGCGCAUUAAUCCCGCUGGUACCAUUAUGUGGAAAAGCCAAGCUACACGAGGUACGUGGUUAUUUAUCAAACCAUUCUUAAUUUUGACCAACCACCUUCCCUCACUUCACCACCUUUAACCUAUGGCAGUUUAUAUGACGUACGUUUGUGAUGUACAUGUACAGUGAUAGUCAUUUAUACAUUGUUUUAAAACAUGUUAAUAUAUGUAUGAAUGUAACUAUGUGUAUGCAUUACUGUUUUAACCAUGUUAUAUCAUGUUUGAAGGUAAUAAUAUGUGUAUACAAUUUAGUUGUGGGUAGGCGGUUGUUCUGAACCCCACCUAAGACCAUGCUUUACUCAUCACAAAGAUUGGAGUAUAAACAUACGUUUUGUAUACUCUGUGUUACAUAUUUACAUGUCAUGUAACUAACUCUGUCGUUUUGAAUAAACAGCCUUUUCAUUUACAAUC